UGAUUUGUUGUGUCUGUUGGUGGUGAAACAAUCGUGAUUCCCGUUCUGCGUCCACUCCUUUAGCUGUAGUUACAGUCUAAUAGAUUCAGUGCUUCUUAAAUUAAAAAGUGAAAGGCAGCGAGUCCUAAGAGCGCCUAGACAUUCGUAUUCUUCUUUGUGCUUCCGUAUCCUGCCUUUCAUUUUUAAAGCCGCAAAAUGGAGUGGUUAUUCGGCAGAAGAAAGACUCCGGAAGAAAUGCUUCGUCAGAACCAGAGGGCUCUCAAUAAGGCAAUGAGAGACCUCGACCGUGAACGUGCAAAGAUGGAGCAGCAAGAAAAAAAACUUAUUGCAGACAUUAAGAAAAUGGCAAAAGACAACCAAAUGGACGCAGUGAAGAUAAUGGCACGUGACCUGGUCCGCACACGGCGACAAGUGAAAAAAUUUAUCCUGAUGCGGGCCAACAUACAGGCCGUGGCAUUAAAGAUUCAGACUUUGAGGUCGCAGAAUGCCAUGGCACAAGCAAUGAAAGGGGUCACUCGGGCCAUGCAGAACAUGAACAAACAAAUGAACUUGCCUCAAAUUCAGAGAAUCAUGCAAGAAUUCGAAAAGCAGUCCGAGAUCAUGGACAUGAAAGAAGAGAUGAUGAACGAAGCGAUCGACGACGCAAUGGGCGAUGAUGAGGAUGAGGAGGAAAGUGAUGCCGUCGUGACCCAAGUCCUCGACGAGCUUGGUCUGCAGCUCGCGGAUAAGUUGACGGAUUUGCCGGAGACUGCAGGCUCCAUCGCCGCACAGAAGGGUAAAACAGCAGCAGCAGUGGCGGAUGCGGAUGCUGACCUGCAGGCUCGGUUGGAGAACCUCCGCAGGGAGUGAAGUUCACAAAAUGGGACAAGUCACUUCUUGUCAUCUUGUAUAUAGCACUUUACUGUCGAGCCAGUGAUAAUUACACUUGUUCGAGCAAAUAGGAAAAUACUGGCCCUUAAUUUUAUUUCUACGAGAAAUGUUAUUUUGACUCGCUUCCAUUAGUAAAUGACGCAAGUGAUUCUAAUUUGGUAAGCUUUGCAAGAGGGCUUCAGGUCUGAUCUGAAUACUUGUAAGCCAUGGAGCACUGAUAAAUAAUUUUUAAUAUGUG